GCGCGUGCGCAAAGGUUUACUUCCGUGUUUUGAACUUUUUCAGAAUAUUUUCAUUUUAUUAAAUUUAUGUAGAUUUACAAGGAUUGGAGCUCUUACUGAGCUGAAUAUAAUAACAUGGCUUCCGUCCGUCCUCGGGAAGGUCAAGAGGAACAACUGCCUGAACCAGGAAGGGUAAAAAGUGUGCGCAGAGACCUGCUAGUUCACAUUGAUCAUGGAAUGGCACAUAAACUACAGCAAGAAGAAUACAACCAACAUUGUGGACUAAACAGGCAACAUAAUCGUACAAUCAGAGAAGACAUUCCAGUUGCCAAGGUGGUUCAAACAGAGGAAGAGAAGAGAUUGCAGAUGGAGCGAAUGAGGCAGCUAGAGAGUUUGAGGAGACAGGAACGCAAUGAUGAAAUAGUUGCUAAGCAGAUACAUGCACGCCUGCAACUUGAGAGACAAGAACAACAAAGAAGAGCCUUGGAGGAUGAAGAUGUCGCCCGUCAUGUUAUGACUGAUAUGGUUCUCUCCGAGCAGGAACGAGUCCGAAAGGCCCAUGAAGAUGAGAUAGUUGCUAGACAGGUGAUGGCAGAACUGAUGCUGGAGGAACAACAGAAAUCUGAUUCCACAGAGACAGAAGACCAGAAAAUAGCCAUGGAAUUACAACAAAAGGAGAAAGCAAAAUAUGAGCGACAUCUACAAAGACGACGUGAACGUGAGUUAGCAAAAGAACGUCAAAGACUUGAGAGGGAGCUGGAGCAAACGGCAGCUCAGCUUUCACCAGGUAUUGGAGCAGCUGGUACCAGAGAGAGGAUAAGUCCUGAAAGAGCCCUGCGGAAUGAUGGGAAGAUUGAAGAUAGGGGUGAUUUCUCAGACUUUUAUGUUCAACCCUCUACUGAGAUGACUGAAGAAGAACAACAUGAACUACAGCGUCACCAGGAUGAGGAGCUAGCUAGGCUGCUACAGGAACAGGAACAUAAGAGAGGGGCAAGUGCAACAAAAGACACACAGAAAGUGAUUGAACAGCAAGAUGCAGAAUUAGCAAGAAUUAUACAAGAGCAAGAAAAACUGAAGGCGAGAAAAAUACGGGAAAAAUACAAACAGCGUCAAAUGUCUUUACAACAAAAACAGGAACAGACUACAGAGGGUCCUGAAAGGUCACGAAGUUUACAUGAUAGGCCAAGGCCAAGAGGUCAUGACCUUGUUGCUCAAGAGGUCAUCGAAGCAAGUGGGGAAAGACACUCAAAUAGCUCCUUGGAAAGACCAUCGCAUGGAUCGAUUGAGAGAUCUGAAAGACCUUCAUUUGGCUCAAAUGAGAGAAGGCAUAGAUCUGAUAGAAAUACAAAUAAUAGUGUAGAUCAGGACUCACCCAGACGAUUUCAGGCUGAACCACUCUCCAGCCCCAGCCAUAGUAGUAAUGGCACUCAGCUUUACAGGAGAGAAGAGAGUCAUUCACCAGAGGUCACUACUGGAGCUUCAUCCGGCCCAUUCAACAUUGCUGAGGUCAUUGAUCCAACUUUUAGGAGAAAUAAAAAUCCUGAUACCAGAGUCCCCUAUGUUGAGUCCAGUGAACCUGAGCCUUUAGAGGUGCAGACUUGGGAUCACCACCCUGUUUCUUCAAACCAAAGUAACGAAGAAGAUAGAGGGCAGAACACAUGGAAUCCUGCUUACAGAGAUUAUGCACAGCAACCAGUAAAUGACCCUCCACACAUUACAAGUUAUGAUGAUACUCCUGAAGAGGAGCGACCAGAUUCUCCUGUUCUGAUGCCUGUUGCCGGACAACGAAGGACCCCUCCUGAUAAGAGUAAACGAAACAGCGGAAGUGGAAAAAAGACCCCUGGAAAUUCAAAACGCAGUAGCUGCAAACAACAGUGAUUUUUGAUGUUGUUGACAGUUCAGGAAAUCCACUAUGACUGAAUUAUGGUUGAACUUACUGUGGAAAAAUCAUGUUCUUAGUAUAUAAAUGUGGUGGAAGGCUUAACAAAGUUAGUUGCACUGUAUCAAAGGUCACUCAAAUUAUUUUGGAGAAGAUUGCCAAGUUCUUGAUGAAUACAUAUAGAUUGUGUCAGCUCAUGUGAAACAUUGUUAUUAUUUGAAUGCCCUACCUGGCACCUGGCUUGCAAUAGAAAAUGCUAUGGUGUCAAAGAUGUCUUGAGGAUCAAGCAACAUAUACCAGUAUUAAUGGAGUAUAGGAAAUACUUCAGAAUGGAGAAGUUACAAUUGUAGGUAUGAGAUCAAAACAACGAUAUUAAUAAGUUCAUAGCUAUGUGAGAAAAUUGACUUCAAUGUCAUAUACCAAAUCUCAUAAAGUCUUGGCUAUGGGUGAAUACAGAAUUUAGACUAAAAUUGGACUGAAUAAGGGAUUUUGUGAAUACAGGAUUGAACAUGGAAUUUUGUGAAUACAGGAUUAAAUAUGGGAUUUUCAAAUAUCACUUUUAUUUUCUGAGAAAGUUUUAUUCAUUCAAAAAAUCCAUCCUCCUCUACCGUGUAAUAACCUAUGUUAUAUUGUAUGUUGUAAACAAUGAUUUUUUCACACCUGUUAGACAUUUGUAAUAAAAGCAAUAAUAAUGGUUUCAUUAGCUGAUAAAUGAUGUAUUAACACUUGCUGAUUCUGUCGUAACAUUUCUCAUUAUUUGAUAAUAAAAAUAUGACAGUUAAAGAUAAAGGUAAUCAGAACUAAAGAUGAGGUAAGGUGAGAACCUAAAAACAGAAUUUUCAGAAAGAAUGUAUUUCUCAGUUUUCUUAUUAAAAUACUUUGAAAAUUAUUUAAAUCUCUGGAAACGGAAAUACCUGAGAAUGUUUUAUAAAACCUACAAGGGUAGGGAUUUGUUCUGAAAUUUAUUUAUGGACAUCUUUGUCAUUUGUAGUCUAGAUGAUAGUACUAUGUAAUAAUACACACAGUAGUUCUCAUUUUAAGAAAUCUCCUGUGUAUUUGUUUGCUUUGUAUUAUUGUGUGCAUUACUUACCUUAUAGCAUGUGUAUUAUCUGAAUAAUUUGUAUGUUGCUACCCUCCUACGGUGCUUCUUAGUAUAUAUCUACUAAUACAUAAAUUUCAAAUUGGAGGAGUAUAAAAAUUGUCUUGAUGAUGUUAAAGUAAACGAAACUACUGUAAACCAUGAUAAAUUAAUACAGGUACAAAUGUUUUCAUUUUAAGUGAUUAUAUCAAAUGAGACUCAUACAGUUUGUACUUGGAGAUUUUUGGAACAUAUCCCAUAACGUUAUGCCGUUAAUAUGUAUAGUCUUAGCAUGUUGAAAUGUCUGUAACAGUACCUUGUCCCAACCAUAACCAUAUAUAAUGUAACUUCAAUCAAUACUUAGUGAAAUCUAAAAUAACAGUUUUUAUAUGAAAAUGUAUAUGGGAAAAUAUAUAAAUGUUGAUAAUUACAUGUAGUGUCUAUAAGACUGUCAUUGUGAUUUAUAGUAUGUGAAAUUGCUGCAUACAUGGCGGAUGAAGGAAAAAAUAUAUUUUGAUGCAGAAUGUUUAAAGCUAGAAUCAGAUGUAUUGUACAGGAGCAAUGAAAAAUGUAAAUACAGUGAAACCUGUGAAGUGAAACACCUCUAGAAGUGGAACACCUC